CUGAUGGAUAUCGAGGUCUCCAGUUUUUCAACGGUUACAUAACGUUUUGGCAGCCUUAGGACGCGAAUCCUGACGUCGGGUGUUCAGCAAUUUUAGACAUUUUUUUAAUAAAUUUUUCUCCUCAUUUCAUGUGGUAUCGGAGAUCUAAAUACUCCGCUGUUAUUGAAUGUUGGAUUCAAAUUUUUGAUCAUCAUUGUGGAACAACUAUUAGAACAUGUCACCAAUGCUUCUGCGUCAUCCCUAAAACCUGCGUCAACAGUUUUUGCUGGGAGAUCUAAAGAUUUGACGUAUGACGUACCUAUUAAAUCAAAAGGAUGACCGUGGAUUUUGAAGCCAUGGUGUGUGUGGCGGGCGAGAGCAGUGUGGUCUGCUCGAUUCGCGUAUCUAGUUCACGUGUUCGUGGACCCAAAUCAAAGCUUGUGAUCAAGCCGUCGACUACAGUUACAGAAGUUUUUAACCAUGUGGCCAAUCAUUACGAAUAUGAACCGGACAGUUUUGAGCUAGUUCUGCAAUGUUCUCACGGCGAAGUGAUCGAGAUGAACGAGAUGAAGGACAAGACGCUGAUGGAUCUCAAAUUGGACUUCAGCGGUAACACAAAAUAUAGAUUACUUGUCACGGACAUGGCAGGUCAGCCGCCAAAGGGUGCUACGACAGAUCAGAAAGUGAUGCUAUACAACGACCUUCUAUCGUUCGAUCGACCUGCCGGAGACACCCCUAACCGACCAUUCCAGCCCAUUGAGGAAUUUUACAGUCGCUAUAAGAGUGUCUUCAAAUCUGAAAAUAGUUACGUCGGUCUCGUGAACCAGGCAAUGACAUGCUAUCUCAACAGCCUUUUACAAGCCCUUUACAUGACUCCGGAGUUCAGGAACGCUUUAUACCAUUGGGAAUACGUAGAUGGUUCUGAGAAAGAUGAGGCUAAAAGUAUUCCUUAUCAAUUGCAGAAACUGUUUCUUAAUCUACAGACAUCUACGAAGUCCGCGGUGGAAACGACGUCUCUGACGAAAAGUUUCGGUUGGGAUUCAACGGAGGCAUGGCAGCAGCACGAUAUUCAAGAAUUGUGCCGAGUUAUGUUCGACGCUCUGGAACAGAAAUUCAAGAACACACAGCAGGCCGACCUAAUCAAUAGACUCUACGAAGGAAAGAUGAUCGAUUACGUGAAAUGCCUGGAAUGUAGUACAGAAAAAUCUCGAGAGGACACCUUUCUCGAUAUUCCUCUACCCGUACGACCGUUCGGCAGUAAAGUGGCGUACAACAGUGUGGAAGAGGCAUUACGAGCGUUUGUACAACCCGAGACGCUCGAUGGCACAAAUCAAUAUCACUGCGAAAAAUGUAACAAGAAAUGCGACGCGCAUAAAGGAUUGAAAUUUUCAAAAUUCCCUUAUCUUCUAACCUUGCAUCUCAAGCGAUUCGAUUUCGACUACAAUACUCUCCACCGAAUCAAGCUGAACGACAAGGUGACUUUCCCUGAUUUAUUGAAUCUCAAUUCGUUCGUUGCUUCGUCGUCUGCUGCUCAAGAGUCUCCUGGAGGUGAGGAGGACGCGGGUGUCGGUGUAAAGUGCGACGACAGUUCGACGACAGACAGCGGAACACUGGACGACGAAUGUCCACCCUGCGAAAGUAGUAGUGCGAACAGCAAUCAGUCAGCAAAUAACGAUCAAGACGACGACGAAGGCAUCGAUGUCAGCAAUGGCCCGUCUACGUCGAGCUGCAGUAGUCACAAUAAUGAAAACGAAAAAAAUUUCGGUAACCGUCUCGGCGAUAAGGGUCCUUACGUCUAUGAGCUUUUCUCAAUUAUGAUCCACAGCGGUAGUGCCAGCGGAGGCCAUUAUUACGCGUACAUCAAAGAUCUCAUGACGCAGGAAUGGUUCUGCUUCAACGAUCAGAGUGUGACUAAGAUAACUUACGAAGAUAUUCAAAAGACCUACGGGGGUGGACCUACCAGAGCUUAUUACAGUGGAGCAUAUAGCAGUAGUACAAACGCCUACAUGCUCAUGUACAGACAAAUCGAUCCGUCUCGCAACACACUGCCCAUGCAGGCUCAGAAUUUUCCCAAACAUAUCCAGGAUCUUUUGAAAAAAAUGAAGGAGAGCGAAGAAAACGACAGAAAAAAUCGUGAGAAACAAAUGUCGAUGUGCAAGUUGAAGGUCUAUUGUCAUCAUCCCGUAGAAGGAUGCCUCGUCGAUGUGAAGGUUCUGGUACUGCAGGAUGAAACUUUGUUGGAAACGACGGAUUUGGCUUACAGAAAACUUGCAUUGGAAGGAGUCGUUAAAUCCGACCAAUGUCGUUUGGUCAGUUACGAUCACAACGAGGAUUUGAUCGAGCGGAGUUGGGAGGGCGCCGAGUUGCUCGAACCCAUCGGUGACAUCUGGCGAAACAACAGCCAGUUUGAUUUCUUGCUUGAAAUACGCAGAAAGGACGAGCAAUUCGAAACGUACCUACCAGGCGGAGUAUCGACGAAAGUAUUCGUAGUCGACAUCGAUAAAGAGCAGGUAGUGGAUGGUCCGAUAAUCGUCAGAGGUCUGCUCACGCAAACGGUAAAAGAGUACAAGCAGCAAUUAUCAAAGAUAUUGAAAAUCGAUGCGAAGCAGAUGAAAUUGAUUGUACAAAAAUAUUUAUCCGAUACAAAUUUACUCGACAAAGACGACAACAUGCUGAAGUCGGAGGGAUUCUAUGGAUCGAGCAAAAUAUUUGUGGCCACUGCCUUAGAUAAUGACGACACAAAGCCGUUCCACGAAUCUAAAUUGUACAAAAUAAUCGAAAACUUCGACUACAUUAUUUCAUUGAAGGUUUUACUGCCCGAUACUAGUAAAGAAACGUUAGAAGAUUUGAAUAUUCCGUCGUUGGAAGAAAAGUUGAAGGAACAGGAAAAGCUGGUUACAAAUGGCCCUUCGAAAUUAGCCAAUGACGAAUCACAGAAAGAAACCCAACUAAAGAAUUACGAACAAACCAAAGGCAGCGUAGGAGCAGAAGAAACGCAGACGAAAGUCAGUGCUGUCCAAUCGGUGGAGGGUGAAGAUUGGAACACGCCUGAACAGAGUAACAGCGAGGACAGUAGCCUGAGCGACAGCGAAAGGACUUUGAUGGGAGACACUCCCGAUUACGGAAAUUGUGUUCAAUCGCCAUCCUCGAAUACGGAAAAAGUGAACGCUUAUCAACCGUACAAUCCUAACCACAUAGAAAAUUGGGACGUUGAAGAUGAAUCCGAAUAUUAUUUCAAGGCCGUACCUCAUUCGGAAGACUCGGUGAAACUGCUGCGAGUGCUGGUGGACAAGAGAAUGCAGUUGAGUACAUUGAAAAAAGAUCUCGAGCCUCUCGUCGGUGUCCCUGUAGAAUAUUUCAAGGUCUUCCGACACUCUUCAGACUCCGGUGAAACGGAAUGCAGCAGAUUAACCGAACAACUGAGUUGCUACCAAGACGGCGAAAGACUCAGGCUACAAUUAGGACGCGCUUUGCGCAGUGGAGAAUUCAAAGUAAAGCUGUUUCAGCUGCUUAUUCAUUCCACCGAGCCUUUCAAAUUCCUCUGCGACUGGAUAGUGUCGAAAGAGAUGACGGUUGGUCAGGCGAAGAAGGAAAUACUGGCGGAAAUAAAGAGAAAGUACGACAUUGACAUACCUUACGAGAAGUGUCGAUUGCGUAGAAAAAACUACAAAGCAGCGUCCAAGGUAUUUUUGGACGAGGAAAAAUUCGAGGAAUUACGGUUGCACACGCAGUGCGAAAUAAUCAUCCAAGAAUUACCCGACAAAGAAACCGUCAAAGAUUCUAACCAAUUGUGUCUGUUCGUGAGAAAAUGGUCGCCUUCGGAGAUGCAGCUUUCACCGUUGGAAGAAAUUACGAUAAACGGAAGAACUAUCGACGAAUUAAAGAAAAAGCUGUCUUCGAUAUCGGACAUACCCCAGGAGUACGUCGAGGUGGCUAAGGUUAGAAAUUCAUUUCCUUGCGAUAUAUCGGUACUCCAAGUGCAAACAGAUUUGAACUGGAACAACGACCAUCAAAGAUUGUCGACGACCAUCGACGCCUGGCCGCUCAAUCUGGAAGAUGGUUCCGCUCUAUAUUUCAGAGAUAGCAGAGAAAAAUUGAAGACCCUGAGCGUAGACGAGUUCACAGAGAUAGCGAGCAAAGAAAAUUCGCGUCUUAUGUCGCAGUCGUCGGCAGCGACGUGUAGCCCGCGACGAGAGCGGGCGUUAAAAAUAUAUUUGGACAGCAAAUGAUCCCUCAACAGUUCGUAACGCUGUCGAUCCGUAAAUGCAGCGUUAAACUAGAUGACUAACGUGUUUGAAAAGAAUUACGUAUUUUUGGUGCCCAGUUUCAGCACGAUAUCUAGAGAGAGAGAGAGAGAGAGAGAGAGGAAGAGAGAAAGAAAGAGAGAGUCAGUCCGUUCAGUACCUACGAGACCUGAAAAAUAUCAAGAGAAAAAAAAAAGAAAAUACUAAUAAUAAUACAAAAUAAAAUGAACAAAAUACGCAAAUAAACGAUGAUGAUGAAACAAAAAUAAUAUCAAAGAUAUUAAACCCUUCUAGUGCCAAUAUUAUGUUCGAUUUUUAAAAAAUCGUUAAAUCCACGUGAAUAUUCAAGAUCUUUGAAUUUUGCAAUUUCUUAUCCGAAUAGAUUCGUCGAUUCUCGAUGAAAAUCAGGAGAUGAAGAGAAAAAAGAAAAAUUUUACUAAAAGGGUUUAUCAACGUUUCGUCAUUGACUGGUUUCAUUAUUUCUUUUUUUUUCCUUGCUCUUUUUUGCUUCUUUUCUUUCAUUAUAACGAACCUCGGACGGACGAUGUGUAAUAAUACGUCUACCUUAUUGAUGCAAUUAUUAAUUAAAUUCAAUAAAUCGAUUAAAUAUUGUAUCGAUGCCGGUUUGGAGAGUUAUUUACGGUGAGGAGUUAUUAGUAAAAACAACCAUUUUUUAAUCUUUCUUCUGUUAUUGAGAAAAAAAAAACAGAAAAACAAAAACAAACAAACAAACUUCGUAAGCUAAUCUUAUUUUUAGUGAUUAUGUUUCGAAUCCUCACAAUUUGUUAUUUUAGCUAUCAUUUAUUAUAUAUUUAUUACCUGUUUGCUGCUCUUACAGUAAAAGAAAAAAAUCUCCUGAUCCAGGUGAUUGAUUACGUUUUGUAUCAUACGAUAAAUCGAUCCUGUCUCCAUUUUCAUCAAAAGAUUUUAUCCAAUUUCCCUUACAAUGAGUUUUAUUAUUUUCUUUGGAACGAUAAAAAAUAUAUUCAAGGAUCGCAUCUCAAUCCGAACCAUUUCCGGGCAUCCGAAGAGUUUGCCAUGAUUUUUCAUCGAGCCUCGAAAGCAAAAGGAAAGAAAGGAUAACUUCGUUCGAGAUUUCAAUUAUCAAAUCACUCGAAAUUGACUUGUGACGUGAAAAUUUUUGGCUUAAAAAAUUCAAAGAUGAAAAAGAUGCUCUCUUUUUUUUCCUUGUUCGUUUAUGCCGGCAUGUUUGGUUCUACGUAGAUUGUAAUAAUUGUAAAUAUUUAAAUGGAAAAAAAAAAGAAAGAAAAUAAUAAACCUGUAAUUACGUGGGUAUAUAAUACAUACAUUAUAAAUAUAGGUGUGCAUACUUGUGCGUACACUUCUUAAACUUGCGACACACGAUUACUAUU